CGCCGCAGGCCCCGCCCCUCCCGCCCCGGAAGCGGCCGCCCAGCGGGUCGGCGGCGAAUGGCGGCGCCCACGGAGCGGUGGGAUCCCGCGGUCCGGCCGUGACCUCCGACCUCUGACCUCCGGCCAUGCGGCUGCGCUGGGCGCGCGCGCUGCCCCGGGGGCUCUGGGGUGUCACACAGGCCGCCCGGAGCCUCCGGCAGCGCCCGGCGGGAAACCCGGCCUGGGGGGACCCCCACGGUGACGCCCCCGGGGACCCCCACGGUGCCCCCCACGGGGACCCCCGCGGUGAUGCCCACGGUGACCCCUCCGGUGACCCCUCCGGUGACCCCCCCGGCGCCGCCCCCCGGGACCCGCCCGGCGCCACCGCGUUCGAGGCGGCGCUGUCGGCGCUGGAGGCGGCGCCGGGGCGGCGCGGGCGGCUGGAGCUGGUGGAGGCGGCGCUGGCGGCGAUGCCGGCGCUGGGCGUGGCGCGGGAGCGGCCGCUCUACCACCGGCUGCUGCGGCUGCUGCCCCGCGGGCCCUGGCUGCCCCGGGGGCCGCUGCAGCGCCUGCUCGGGCCCUUCCCGCGCCAGCAGGAGUGCGGGCUGCGGCUGCUGGAGCAGAUGGAGCGGCACGGUGUGAUGCCGGAUGCCGAGACACGGUUCCUGCUGCUCGGGAUCUUCGGGCCGCGCAGCCGGCCCGUGCGGAAGUGCCAGCGGCUGCUGUACUGGCUGCCCCGCGCGCGGCACCUGGACCCCCACCCGCUGCCCCCCGUGCUGCCCCCGCCCGGGCUGCCCAUCGCCCGCCUGGCGCUGCGGCGCAUCGCCAGCGACCCCGACGCGCGGAUCACCGUGUUCCAGGAGCCGGUGCCAGAUGGGGGCGGUGACGAAGGUUCCGUCCAGCCCUUCAUCGUGGGUGCACAAAGCCCGGACCAGCAGGAGCUGCUGGCGCAGCACAGCCCGGCCCGGCCCGUGUUCGUGGAGGGGCCGUUCCCCAUCUGGCUGCGCAGCCACCGGCUCCAGUACCACGUGCUGAGGGGGGACCCGCCGGGACCCUCCCUGUGGGCCGAGCCGCCCGACCCCGAGCGCAGCCUGUACUACCCGCUGAGCCUGGACCUGGACCUGGAGCGCGGGCCCUGGGACGAUGACGAGUUCAACGUGGAUGAGGUGCUCGAGGGCCCCGUGUUCGCGCUCUGCGUGGCGGGCGCGGGCGACCGGCGCACGCUGGGCCGCUGGGUCACGGGGCUGCAGCAGACAAACCCGGUGCUGGGGCAGACGCCCGUCGUGUUCCGCCUGGGCGGCGGGGACCCCCCGCGGCCCCCCCGGGGCUCCGGCUGCGGGCGGGGCCCCCCCAGCCCCCCGUGCUGGAGCCUCCGCCGAAAUAAAGGAACCGGCACCAGUUUGGGGUGAUUUGUGUCGUUUUGG